AUGGCAGCGUUCGAAGCCCUUGCCCUGCUCGUCCUCCGAAACGGCCCGACUAGGGCUCUAGGCGCCCGGCCCCUCGCGCCUCAGGUGUGUUCAUCUUUUGCUACGGGCCCUAGACAGUAUGAUGGGACAUUCUAUGAAUUUCGUACUUAUUACCUUAAACCUUCAAAGAUGAGUGUGUUCCUGGAAAAUAUUAAGAAAAACAUUUAUCUUCGGACAGCUCACUCUGAACUGAUUGGAUUCUGGAGUGUAGAAUUUGGAGGCAGAGUGAAUAAAGUGUUUCAUAUUUGGAAGUAUGAUAAUUUUGCUCAUCAAAUUGAAGUUCAGAAAGCCUUGGCCAAAAAUAAGGAAUGGCAAGAACAAUUCCUUAUCCCAAAUUUGCCUCUUAUAGAUAAGCAAGAGUGGGAGAUUUCUUACCUGGUACCAUGGUGCAAAAUAGAAAACCCUCCAAAAGAAGGAGUCUAUGAACUGGUUAGUUUUCAGAUGAAACCUGGUGGACCAGCUCUGUGGGGUGAUGCGUUUCAAAGGGCAGUUAAUUCUCAUGUCAAUCUAAACUAUGCUAAACUGGUUGGAGUUUUCCACACAGAAUAUGGAGUACUCAACAGAGUUCAUGUUCUUUGGUGGCAUGAGAGUCCAGAUAGUCGUGCAGCUGGGAGACAUCAGUCUCAUGAGGACCCCAGAGUUGUGGCAGCUGGCCAGGAAAGUGCCAACUACCUAGUAUCACAGCAGAAUCUGCUUCUGAUUCCUACAUCUUUCUCACCGUUGAAAUAGUCUGCUACGAGAUGAGACAUUUCAUUAACUGCUAUAAGAUAUAUCUACAAUUGGUGCUUAAAU